UCAAAGGGAGAAAUUGCAUUCCAUUCUUACAUAACAGUAUUUCAAACAUAUCCUUCAACUGGGAAACUCCCUAAAGGGGUAAUGAAAGAAGAAGUAAAGAGGGACAAUCCACUACUUCCUUUCAUGGUUUCUGAUCCUGAUUAAAUGAACUAUAAGCAGAACUGAAAGAGCUGGAAGUAGCAUCUGCUAUUCUGUUUCCCUCCCAGAAAGAUGGGACUCUACUGGGAGAUAAUGGAUGGCAUGUGAAAAGAAUAAAAGCUACCACUUGUAACAGACUUGGAAACAGAAGAAAUCAAGCCCUAUCUGUGUCAAAUCCAGAGCAUUUGCUGACUUUGCAGCAUGCAUCAAACUCAGACCUUUGUGCUUUUUCUUCUCUUUGGUUUCAAUCUCCCAAAAGCAGAAGGCAACUGUUACUUGGAAGAAUCCCAACAGCGGUGUGUGUGUCCAUUGCUUUUGAAGACAGAAUUCUACACUUUUUACAAUUGUCUCCCAGCCACUACAUAUGAGCUCCAAGGAGGAAAUCUGGAACAAUUUGCAAUCUUUGCAGUCAUCCAGACAAGGCCACUACUAAUAAAUCACUACUUGAGAGAAGCGCAAGUAAGCAAGUUGAUUUUUACAGACCUCAUUGUGCCAGAGGUUCUCUUACCAACAGCCAUGCAGUUUAUUGCCGUCUUACCUCUGGUCUCAGAACUGGAGUUUAUAAACUGUACUUUUAUUAGAUCUGUUGAUCAGCUUGUUAUAUAUGAAUUUAACGUACAUGUUUCUUCUCUGCGCUUCCACAAAGUGACAGCAGCUCCUUUGGACGACAGACUUGACAUAUCCAGACUGCAAAUCUGGCUGGAGACCUUAGAAAACCUGGCAAUAACAGAGUCACAAGUCACAUCUAUCCCUUGCAAAAUUAGCACAAUGUUGAAAGCGCUGCACUUUUUAGAUCUUUCAGGAAACCAUUUCCAGGACCAGGCUCUGGAGACAUCAUUCUGCAAAGGUGCUUUCUCACAACUCCAGGUGCUAAAAUUGCAUGGGAACAACCUGAGCUCUUACGAGACGGUGUGCCAGACUAUUGCUCACCUCAACCAGCUUACUCACUUGGAUCUCAGUCAGAAUGACUUCCUGCCUGGACCACCCUUCUCUUCUUGCUCAUGGCCUCAGUCACUACGUAUCUUCAACUUGUCCAGCACAGGAUUAGAGCACAUGGACAGAGCUUUGCCACCUAAUAUUGAAGUAUUAGAUCUGAGUAACAAUCACAUUUUUAUCUUAGAUCUCUCUAUCCCUGGGCUGAAGGAGCUCUACUUGUCCAACAACAGGCUGCAGACCAUCCUCGCAGUCAAGAGCCUUCCAGGUUUGGAAGUCCUUGGUAUAGAUCAUAAUCAGCUCUCGCAACUCCCUGCCAAAGACCUCCUGCAUUGGAAACACCUGAAGAGCUUAAGAGCUGGACUCAAUCCCUACAACUGCUCUUGCAAACAGGCGAUCAGGGAGAUCCAGGAUCUGGCCACCCGCAAGGUCUUGCUGUCUGAUUGGCCUCAUGAUUACAUAUGCAGGUCUCCCCCAGACUACCAGGACUUCCUCUUGAAUGAGGUGCCUCUCUCACUGCUGCAGUGCAACAAGGCAUCAGUGGUCAGGCAGGGCUCAAUAGUCAUCUUGCUGACAUGCCUUCACCUGAUCCUUGGUUUGGUCUCACUGCCAACAUAUAGAAGCCGAUUUAUCAUGUUGUAAAUCUGGCAGCAAAGAAGAAUGCUUUGGGUAAGGAGGGUGGGGUGCUGAAGCUUUGAGCUGUUUCUUUGUUGAAGAAUAUUCUGUGAUGAUACGGUUUAAACUAUCACUGCAGAUGGGGUUUCCACUAG